UGCUAUCUUCUUCAGCCCUGUUUUUAAUGGAGAAGUGAUGGAAGUGGCACACUCUGCAUCAGAGACAUUCACAGACAGUCAAAGGAAGAAGACCCCUCUUCCCCUGUGCCAACUGGUGGAGGACACAAAAAUAAGUCCCUCUAAUGUCCCUCAUCACCUACUAGAGACCCAAACCUAUACCAAACUCAAGAGCAACAGUGCAAUCCAUGCAGAACCCUCAGGACUUCACUUCAGUGGGUUUAAACUGGGGAAGGAUUAUCAGAGGACCUUGCAUCGUCUUGUCCCCGGACUGUCCUACACAGUGAAAGUACACUUCUGUCCUAAAGAAUGGCGCUACUUCUACGACUGUAUUCGGGUUCAUUGCAAGGGGGAAGAGAAUUUACAGGUACCAGUCCAUGCCUACCCCAUCAUCGAUGACUUGCACAUCCCAACACACAUCACCAUACCAGCUGUCCCACUGGGCCAAAGUGUCAGCCAUGUGAUCCCUCUGAGCUGCAGCUGUCCCAUUGACUUUGAGUUCCAGGUGUACAUCAUCCAGCCACACAAGGCCUUCUCGGUCCAGCCCCUGUCAGGAGUGAUUCCAGCCAAUGGGAAGGUGGAGGUGACCGUCACAUUCAGGCCGUUCCAGUAUGACACGUCCCAGGUCACUCUACAAGUGGUCAUCUCCCAGUUCAAUUCCAAACCCUACGUCCGCACCCUCAGCGGGUCCUCCUCGCCCCACCUGCCUCUCAGUCAACAGGAGAAAGACAUGGGACAUGCAAGAGAAGUUCUGUUUGUUGACAGUCGAGGGCCUCCACCUGUCUCCUUGAUACAGCCUCUGACCAAAACCAAGCAGAGGUCAAUGCGGACACCUGAAAAGUCAAAGGCUGAUGCAGACGGGUUUUACGUGGGCGAUGAUUAUGGAUAUUUCCACUGGAAUGAAGAACAUGGCCAUUGGGAGAGGUGGAUCCUAAACAACAACGAGUACAACUAUGAGUAUGCGUACAAGUAUGACCAGGAUCAACCUGGUCAAGGGGCCAAAUGGGAAAUAGAGGCUGGUUCUUCUCAGAUUGUCGAUGCUCCUGCCCAUCUCCCCCUCCCUACUUCCUCUGAUCUCCCUCAGCAGAGCCCACAGGAGCAGCCUGGAUUCCUCGCAGCAUCCCCUUGGCCUCUUGCAAACGUUGGGACUCUUGAGGAGAUGAUUGAGAUUGCAUGGCAGAAGUGUCAGGAGUACCAAUCUAAGUUCUUCAUGUGCCCAUCUCUCCACCAGUGA